UCAAAUCCCAGUGUACCUCCGUGUAUAAAUACCGAUCACAUGAAUUCACAUUUUCUGCAUCCAGUAACACUCAAAUCUUAUCAUACACAAACUAAAAAAAGGAUGAAUCCUGUGUUUUACUUCCUUCUUGCCCUAACCGCUGUUUUGGCCGCGACUGCAAACGCCGCCGGACCAAUUUUCGACACUGAUGGUGAUGUCAUAUUCGGCGGCAGCAGUUACUACGUUCUCCCCGCUAUCUGGGGCCCUACAGGUGGCGGCCUGACUCUCUCCUCCCUUGAUGACAAGCAAUGUCCUCUUUAUAUCCAGAAGGAAGAUUCAGAGGUCGAAAGGGGUAUUCCCGUAAAAUUCUCAAACUGGAAGCCUAGAGUUGGAUUCGUUCCCGAAUCAGAGAACCUCAACAUCGAGAUGGAUGUUGCAGCUACGAUCUGCGUCCAGUCAACUUACUGGUGGGUUGCUCCGUCUCACUUGCCCAUUAUGACUUUUUUCAUAGCGGCUGGCCCUAAGCCUGGAGAAGAUUCUUCAAGGAGUUUCUUCCAGAUCAAGAAAACUGGUGGAUUUCAUAAUGGCUACAAAAUUACGUUUUGUUCUGGAGAUGGGGGUUGCGACGAUGUUGGGAUAGCUAGGGACGCAAAUGGCGUUGGGCGUUUGGCUGUAGGAUCUGAGCCAUUCCCGUUUGUGUUCAGGAAAGCUGGUGAGACAGAGACUUCGCCCAAGACGAUGUCUAUUAUCUGAGAGAAAUCAAAGACUAUACAAUAUCAAGAAGAUAAGAGUUUUAACCUACUACUAAUAAUAAAACUCUUGUCUGUGUUCACUGUUUUCUUUUUUCAUCAAUCAUCAUAUAUGGAAUAAAACAUCUUUCCUUUGUUUCUU